AACCAAAUUGAUAAGUCAAAAAUCCACCCAAACACCCUCUUUUUGUAGGUAGGAUGCACUGAUAGUAACUCCACGUUAUCUUAUUAAUCUCUGUUACCGAAGUUAACUCCGGUGGUUCUAUCUCUGUUCACUUCGCCCGCCGGCGUCCAAUUCUCCGGUCUUGUAAGUGACUGGUUAUUUGAUGAGAUGAGCUGCGUUCGCAUAAACAGUUGUCAUCCUGCCUGCGAUUUCAAUGCUUCCUUUCCAUCACUCACUGCUCCAAAAAGGACUUCAAAACUGACGACACUAUCUUCAACUUAUCUGGGCACAAGACUCCCGAAAAUCUCCCUUAAUGCGAAAGUAGGUGUAUACAGACCGCAGCUUUGCAGAACUGUAUGCUUAUUUGGUGGCAAGGGGAAGGCAAGCAAUGACAAUGAGGCUUCUCCUUGGAAAGCUCUUGAAAAAGCCAUGGGAAAUUUGAAGAAGGAACCGUCAGUUGAGGAUUUAUUGAAGCAACAGAUUAAAAAACAAGAAUAUUAUGAAGGCGGAGAUGGGGGUGGCGAUCGCCCAGGUGGUGGCGGUGGUGGAGGCAGUGACGGUUCUGGUGAGCCAGAUGAAGGUAUUUCUGGGAUCUUGGAUGAGCUAGUACAGGCUGUCUUGGCAACUAUGGGCUUCAUAUUUUUGUACAUCUACAUAAUUGAAGGCGAGGAGAUCAAUGUGUUCACAAAGGACAUUCUCAAGUUUAUCUUUCUAAGGCAAAAGAGUAUUCGUCUAGGGCGCACAAUUGCACGGUGGGAAAGCUACUUCAGCAGCCUGACUGAGAAGAAAGAAGAUCCAUAUUGGUUGGAAAGUGAAAUUAUUAAUACAACUACUUGGUAUGAUAGCCCUGCAAAGUAUAGGACCAUUCUCAGGAGGUUAGAAUCGAGUUCUUAUUAUUGAAAGCAAAACCGUUCAACCUUUUCUAUCUCUCAAGUUUUGCAAUAGUUUAAACAAUCUGCUGUAAUCACAAAUGUCAUUUUAAUCUUCGGAGUUUUGCUUCAUCAGUAAAUUUCAAGUGUUUUUAUUUCGGGUUCGUGUAUGAUUCAGAGAUCAUUUAUCUCUUAUUUUGUUGCAAAUAGGAUUGGGGAGACCCGUGUUUA